UGCCUUCAGAUGCUUUUUAGCUGCAAACGUUAACGGUUCUGGACUAUAUUUUCUGCGAUUUUCUCAUUCGAGUCCUGUGAAAAUAAUACACAGUGAUUAAGCAUCCAGUGAAUAACGGUACUCGGUGUAUACAUAUAUGUAAAUUUGUAUAUGGUGUGUUGUCCUUGUUAACUCAUUUAAAGUGUGACCACUUUGGGAAUUGGCCAAUUAGUCAUAUAGAGUGGAAGUUUUUGUUGGUCUUGUUUGUUGACCGAGAAAAUAAAUAGAAAUAUUUAUAUCGUCCUUAAAUAAACACAGUGAGGCCGGGCAAAACAAAAUAUUAAGCUGUUGUUUAUUGCAGAAUAAAACAAAACUGCUCCUUGUGUAGUUGUCAUAUUUUUCCUAAGUCCCAAGUGUGUAUGUGCGUGUAUCUAAAAGUGCAAAAAUAAACAACAACAACAAAAAGAAAAAGAAAAUUCUGACUGACGAUGUCUCGAGUAAGGAUGAGAACAUCGACGACAACUAUGAAAAAGUCCUGGGAAUACUGGACAGUUCUUCUCAUGGGAUUAUUUUAUAUUGCAACUAAAUGCGAUGCUCGUGCGGUAAAUGUGAGCAACUCAUGGACAAUGCCUCAAGAAGGACUCAAUGUGUUUUAUCGGUUUUUCAGAGACCGAAUAUCUUGGUUUGAAGCAGAUGCUGUUUGUCAAUUCCAUCAUGCUUAUUUAGUAACUGUUGACAACAGUUUUCAAUUUGAUGCAACACGAGACCUUUUAAGGGAAUUGGAUGUAAACGACAUUGUCUGGAUUGGACUUAUGAGACCGCAGAGCUCGGAUCGUUUCAUGUGGUCGAAUUCAAAAGUUUUAGCUGCCAACACCGGAUACUGGGCUGAAUCACUGCCAUUAAUGGAAUCUCCACUAUGCGCUGUCAUUGAUCCAAUUCGUGACUAUCGUUGGCAUGCUCUUAGAUGUGGAGGGCCAGAAACAGCAUCAUUCCUCUGUGAAAUGCCAGUUCCUGCGUGGGCCGAAUCAUGCAUCCUUAAGGACUUACCCUCUUUAACUAUGCAAUACAUGGCAGAUACAGCUAGCAUUGAAUUAAUUCGCAACUGCGGCGAAGAGGGACUCAUAAGGCAGAUAUGCCGCGGAAAGCAGGACCGUGAAAAAAUUAUGCGCGAGCUAAUUUGCCCCCGGGAACGUCUGGAGUCGAAGAAACUCACUGACAUCACCAACUCCCACUUUAAGUCUUUGCAAAUUAUCCGUGGCAUCUCGACCGACAAUAACGAGAACAACGACAUAGAGAUGAUUCCCGUGAAGAGUGCCGUCGACUCCGGCGAGCAGGUCCAGACCGAGAAGAACACCGUGCAGAAACUCAUCGAGCAAUUCAACGUAGAUGAGCUUAUGCAAGCUGAUCAGCCAUCCGGUAUUCCCGGGGAGAUUCCGAUGCCCGUGAAGAAGGCUGCCAAGAAGAUUGUAGUGGCAAUGCAGCAGAAGAAGCCAACUCCCGCCCCUAAGAAGCCAAUGGAUCGGGGUAAUCAGAAGGAGACCGACCUGGACGACAUGAUGGUGGCGGAUCAACCCAUGCCGGAUGAGGAUGCGUCAAACGAAGUUCUCGAGCCACUGCCACAUAUCAAAAAGGUCUUGCCGCAGGAUUUGAAAAAAAUGCCAACCAUAAAGAGCACGACAAUCGUCGAACCCGCAACCACAACCACAUCGACGGUGGCUGUGGAAAUAGAGCAACCUUCAACCCCUAUGCCUGUUCAGGUCCACACAUCAUCCGAAUCAUCUGCAUUACUCGACGGAACCACUACAGCUGAGCAUAUGUACACAUCCGGGGGACCUUCCACUUCGUCGGCUUCAUUAAUGACCACAACCGUCAGCGGUAUAGUUCCUGCCACACAGCCGGCUACGAUUGGUCACCCAAUGCAUCCCCAGCAGCAGCGCACCAACAUCAUCACCGAGGAGGCAAAUCAUCCUCACAUCAAAGAAACAAACGAUAACCAUUUUAUUCCACCGAUGCUGCUGGUGAAGUCCCAUUAUGUACCACCAGCAAAGGGCUACGAGCACGAGCACGAGCAUCCUCAUACAGCACCAACUCCGGAUCAGAGCGAUAGAGAUGAUGAGACCGCAGAGACUACAAUUGAAAAUGUGCACCAACUGGAAGAGUCCAAUGGACAACAACAGCAACAGAAACAGCAACAGCAGCAGCAACAGACCACGUUUGCCUCGCUCCAGGUGGGUGACACCAUUGCACCGCAAACAGUGGAAGAGGUGGUGACCAUUAAAGUGCAAGACAAGGAGUCACCAGCUGCAAACUCAUCGGAAAUUCAAUUACAGGUCACUACAACCGCUCGAGCUGAAAUGACCACACAAGAUGCUUCGAUAGCCACCCAGCCUCAGAGCACAAUCAAGCCCGCCACAACACCAGAAUCACAACCCGAACCAGAAGCUGUAGCAACGACAACUUUUACUGCCGAAAAAACUACGGAUCUCAUUAUUCCGACAACCGGCAGCGGAGAUGUCACCAGCAUCAACAGAGCCAGCAGUUCGACCUCCUCCCAGACUAUGCUGCCAUCGUCAUCAUCAUCAACUGCCUCAGUGCUGCACCAGACCGAGGCGGACGCCACUGUCGACGUGACUUCGUCGCAAGCUCCUCUUGUCCACACCAUCGAUACACAAACAGAAGGACUGCUGAUGAACACAGAAAAAACAGACCAACUACCACAACAGUCAACGCCAUUUGUAGCCGUGAGCACCAGUGGCAGCAGCAGUAGCAGCAGCAGCAGCAGUAACACUGGUGACAGCAUGUCUCCCCCAUUAUCAGCUCUGCCCGCUUCCACCACCACCGAGGGUUCCGGAAUUAUUUCUUUGACUACUGCAACCGCAACUAAGGCCGCACAACACGAGGAGCCCCAACCAACGAGAAACUUCCUCAACGAAGAAACCUACCCCCCAUUCAAGCCAAACCGUAGACGCUCCCUCACCAAGCCAGAUACACCGAGCUAUUUCAAGAAGAUUCUAGGAUAAUCAUCUGGGAUGUAAAAAGUUUCCACUUUCGUCCCCCGAGGCGAACACAAACAGACACAAACUAAACUAUGUUGAUUCCUUUUUUAUUUUAUUUUUUAAACUUUUGUUAUGGCUCUUUGUUUCACUACACCUCCUACUAAUGGGUGGAAGUGGGAGUGGGAGUGAGUUCAGUAUAUGGGCAAAAUCCCCGUGUGAUGGUGGGUAGAAUGAGCUGCAGCGGGGUUGGUGGGUAGUUCAUGUGAAAAUUUUGUCAACCUGCUUUUUAUUACCUGCAUUCCUUCUGCAUCCUUUCAACGUUCUUAUCAACCCCCUUAUCUCGUACUUACCCCCUCCCUCCCCCUCCGCCUUAAUAAACAACAAAAAAAAAAGGAAAAACUUUUACAUAAAAAUACUACUCCUCAUGGAGAAACGAGAAGAAGAUGUCGAGCCACAAAUGAGACACAAGGGUAUUACAACAGCCCGCAGGGUACAGUUAGAAAAGUUUUCUUCUUUUGUGUGUGUAUUUACGUUUUAAAAUAAAAAGAAAAGUUCUCAAGUUUUUCUUUUUUCGCUCUUAAUUUAACAUUUUUGUUUGUGUGAAUUUUGAAAAAGGAGGAUUUACGGACGAGGUUUAAGAGGAAGUUCAAGUCCCGUUGCCAAAACAGAUAGAGGUAUGAAAACCCAAAAAAAAGCACACAGCACCCAACAAAAACUGUAAAAUGUGCAUAGUUUGUUAAGGUUUAAUCAUCACAGAAAAACCCAAAACACUUUUUUUUUAAAUGCCUGCAUAUUUGUUGUUUUUUUUUCCUUUGUGAAAAUAAUGAUCAAACAUUUCCAAAAUAAAAAAUUCAUUCAAAAAAUUUUGGGAAAACAAAUUAAAAAACAAAGCUUUUUAUAUAAAAUCAAAUCAAAAUGAAAAAAAAGACAAAAAAAAUUAUUAAAACUUAAACAAAAAAAAAAUGUUUAAUUAACAGAAAAUAUUUUUAAGAAAAUUUAAUUAUUAUUAUAAAUUUAUUGUAAUAGUAGGAAGUAUAAAACAGAUAAAUUAUUAUAAAAUAAACAAACAAAAAAAAAGAAGAUAAUUUUAAGGAUGUAAUGGUAGUUAAAAAAACAACAAAAAGAUUAACAACACAUACAUACUUACAUUUUGAUUACAUUUUGAGAAAAAUACAGUUAUAUUAUAAAAAAAUGAAAUGAAUUAAAUUAAUUUAUUUAAUUGUGAAAGCAGCAACAAAAAUCAAUUUAAAACAAAAAUGGAAUGAUAAUGAAAAACAUUUACGAAAAAUAAAGAUACAAAUUGCACAAAGUACGUAAAUUUAA